GGAAAAGGGGGGUGGGGGUGUAUAUCAUUGAUGCUCCCCUCGUUAAAGCACAAUCAAUAAGACGUCUUAAAGGCGACCGACAUGCACAAAGUUUAAAACGCGCUGACUAAAGACUAAAGAAGCAGAGUUCCUUCACAGUUCCACCGGCCAUCGCGUCGGUUAUUAACCCGCACCGACCACCCCCCCUCCUCUCCCUUACGUCCCCUCCGAGCUUCCGCGGCUCUCGGGUGAUCUUAUCGCGGCAGUGGCGGCGGACAGAGCAGCGGUGUGGAUCUUUUGGACUGAUGUCUCUGCCCAAUAUCAGGAAUUUAAAGUGUCUCUCGCCGGUCAUGUGCCAGUGUAAGGUCAUCUGCAGCAACCGGACUCUGUCGCUCAUGUUCGGGUGUAAGAAGUACAGGUACCAGGAUGAGGAGACGCCCCCCUUGGAGCACAGUCCAGCACAUCUGGCUCCAGGGAAAAGUGCAGAAAUGCUUCACAUGAGCGACAAGAACCUUGCUGCCAUGGAGGCCAUACACGGCUACACACCACAUACGCAUAUCUCUCCAGUCAAGCCAGUGUUGAUGUCUACAGGACACACUCCAAUGUACACCUCCGCUGUUUCCACACUGGGAAAUAGUCCUCCUGUGGUGGUGAACACAGACACACUGGAUGGAUCGCCAUAUGUAAAUGGAACAGAAGGGGAAAUCGAAUAUGAAGAGAUCACACUGGAGAGAGGGAACUCAGGCCUGGGCUUCAGCAUAGCAGGGGGAACAGACAAUCCCCACGUGGGCGAUGACCCGAGCAUCUUUAUCACUAAAAUCAUCCCUGGAGGAGCUGCAGCUCAGGAUGGCCGCCUCAGUGUGAACGACUGCAUCCUAUUUGUGAAUGAUGUUGACGUCAGGGAGGUGACACACAGCCAAGCUGUGGAAGCUCUUAAGGAAGCAGGUGCUAUUGUCCGGCUCUAUGUUCUCCGCCGGAAGCCGGCAGCGGAGAAAAUCACCGAAAUCAAACUCAUCAAAGGGCCUAAAGGAUUAGGUUUUAGUAUUGCUGGAGGAGUGGGAAACCAGCACAUUCCAGGAGAUAACAGCAUCUAUGUCACCAAGAUCAUUGAAGGCGGAGCAGCACAUAAAGAUGGACGUCUGCAGAUUGGGGAUAAGAUCUUAGCGGUGAACAACGUGUGUCUGGAAGACGUCAUGCACGAGGAUGCGGUGGGGGCUCUGAAGAACACAGCCGAGGUGGUGUACCUCAGGGUGGCCAAGCCCAACAACUUGUUCCUGACCAACUCCUACAACCCUCCUGACCUCACCAAUACGUAUUCCCACAUGGAUACUGAACUCAGCCACCCCAACUACCUUGGCUCAGAUUACCCACAAGCCCUCACCCCCACCUCGCCGAGCCGCUUUUCUCCUGUUUUGCACGGCAUGAUGGGAGAUGAUGACAUCCCUAGUAUUCUGUGUGGUUUCUUUUCUAGAGAACCUCGCAGGGUUCUGAUCCACCGAGGUUCCACCGGUCUGGGAUUCAACAUCGUUGGAGGAGAAGAUGGAGAGGGGAUUUUUAUCUCUUUCAUCCUGGCAGGGGGGCCAGCUGACCUCAGUGGAGAGCUACACAAGGGCGAUCAAAUCCUCAGUGUAAAUGGUGUGGACUUGCGUAUGGCCACGCACGAGCAGGCGGCAGCAGCAUUAAAGAAUGCUGGUCAGACGGUGACCAUCAUCGCUCAGUACAGACCAGACGAGUACAGUCGUUUUGAGGCAAAGAUUCACGACUUGAGGGAGCAGCUGAUGAACAGCAGCAUGGGCUCUGGGACAACCACGCUACGGAGCAACUCAAAGAGAGGCUUCUACAUCAGGGCUUUGUUUGAUUAUGACAAGACAGCAGACUGUGGCUUCCUCAGUCAGGCAGUUGGCUUCAAGUUCGGAGACGUGCUCCACGUGUUGGAUUGCGGGGACGAGGAGUGGUGGCAGGCACGCAAGGUCAGCCCCCAGAACGAGGCAGAAGAGGUUGGCUUCAUCCCCAGCAAACACAGGUUGGAAAGAAAAGAGUGGUCUCGUGUCAACACCAAAGAGAGGGAUCAUGGUCGGGACACUUUGGGAACGCAAGGGAGAGAUAAAACCUCGCACAGUUAUGAGACAGUCACCCAAGUGGAAGUUCACUAUGCGAGGCCCAUCAUCAUUCUGGGUCCCGUGAAGGACAGAAUAAAUGAUGACCUGUUGUCUGAGUUCCCUGAUAAGUUUGGCUCGUGUGUCCCACAUACCACACGACCCAAAAGGGAGUAUGAAGUGGAUGGGCGGGACUACCACUUUGUGUCAUCGAGGGAACAGAUGGAGAAAGACAUCCAGAGCCAUCGCUUCAUCGAAGCCGGCCAGUACAACAGUCAUCUGUACGGCACCAGCGUCCAGAGUGUCCGCGAGGUGGCAGAGCAGCAAGGGAAACAUUGUAUCCUGGACGUGUCAGCCAACGCUGUACGACGACUACAGGCUGCUCAGCUCCAUCCCAUCGCCAUCUUUGUCCGGCCUAAGUCACUGGAGAAUGUUCUAGAGAUUAACACUCGCCUGACAGAGGAGCAGGCCAGGAAAGGAAUGGACAGAGCCCUCAAACUAGAACAAGACUUCCUCGAGUGCUUCUCAGCUGUUGUAGAAGGGGACAGCUUCGAAGAGGUCUACCACAAAGUAAAGACAGUGAUCGAGGAGCAAUCAGGGCCUUACAUUUGGAUUCCCACCCGGGAAAGGCUGUGAUGCCCUCCCAUAUUCCAUAAACAACCACCGACCGACGCCAUCCUUCACCACCAAGCCAGCCUCGCCUGCCGGGGUCGUCCUCCAGAAAAGUCAGUGCUUCGCUGAAGAAGACUACAAAUAAGAGAUGUGGCACUGAGAAAGAUACCAGGAAAAACGAGAGACUGAGAGGCGGACACUGAUGUGUAAUUAGACUGAAACAGACUUAAUUAGUAUUCCACUUUCAGGAGGGAGGGCCAAGUACUGAGGCUGUGUUCACACUUGGCAUUGAAAAGCCAUUUCACCAAAAACAGUUGAUUUAAUGGUGUCAGACACUGUAUAGAAGAGCAUAAAUGUGCUUUUUCUAGCAAAAAAAAAGCAGCAAAUGAGAAGACGCAAGAUGCAUUUUGAUGUCAAGUGUGAACUGACAGAUAGAAACAAGAGCAGGUCUGAGCAGAGAUGAAAAGGAAGGACAGGGUGACCUAGCAGGGACGGACCCUGGGGUAGUUUUUGUAUCACCUGUUGGCGUUCUGUCCUCCAAUCAGGUCUGCGCUUGAGUCCCCCAUGACCAGGAGUCUUCUCUGAGCCUAUUUUUCUGAGGGAGAACAACCUCAGUGACAGAUCACCUGUCAAAUACUGCAAGGCGCUAUUAAUUAAAAGCAGUGAAAAUGAUUAUUCAGAGAAGAAACCUAAUAUGCUGAAUUUGUGCAUGCAUCCUCAAAGACAAUGGAAAGACAGGACACAAAACUAUGAACGCUGUACGUAAAAAUCUUUUUUUUAAAAGGCAAAGUUGAACCGGGGCGAGUUUUAAGCAUGUCUUAUGAUGAUGAUGGAAAAGGGUGCGGUCGUAAUGUGGACACUUGCAGAAACUCUUGACAUACAUUUUAGCCUCUUAUGCACACACGCACGUCCACAUACAUGCGUGCACCGAAAAUACACACAUAAAUGUAACCUCAGCUGCACACCCCUUCCAAAAAGAGGGGCUGUUCUGGUCACAAAACCCUGGAUGAAUGUUAUCUCUCUGGGCACAAACAGCAGAGCUUGAACGCACCGCAACCAACUCAACCGUCUCUUCCGAAUCAGUCCUUCAUUCACACUGUUUUCCAGUGGUUGCGCUAAAAGCCAUGGUGUCAUGGUAUAUGUGUGUGCAUGUGUGUGUGUAUGUGUGAGUGUGAGUGUGGAAGGUACAGGUCUUCUUUUACUCUCUCGCUUCCAGUUCUACUCUGCUUUUUCCCUCUUGUGACCACACAGAUUAAAGCUCAGUCACAAAUAAAUGGUCUAUAUAUAUAUAUAAAAAUAUAAAUAUAUACACAUAUAUCUUUUUUAUGACAAUUUCUAACAGGACUAUAGUCUGUAAAAAAAAGAAAAAUAUCCAAACAUGUUGCAUUAGUUCUUUGGUUGAAUUUGCAGUUUGGUUUGUGGAAUUUCCUCACACUCUAUUUUAUUGCAGAAAAUAGCUACACGGAAAUGUUGAUGUAAAGAUGACCUCACCAAUGGGAACCUAUACGGCACAUGUGUGAAAUGCUGUUUUUUGGGGCGACACAUGUACAUGAAAUAUAAAAUAUAGAUGACCCCAUAUGAGAAUAUAUAUCCUUUAUAACAGCCACAAUCAGUACUAAUGUAUAAUAGAUAAAUGGCUGGUGUGUAUGUGUGCCAGAGAGAGAGAGAGAGAGAGAGAGAGAGAGAGAGAGAGAGAGAGAGAGAGAGAGAGAGAGAGUGAGACAUGCAUAUGAAGAUGUAGUGCAAUAUUGCUCUGAUGUUAUGCAAUGAAGGUUUUAUGUGUGUCCAGAAUUAAAAUUAUUUAUUGCACUGACGGCAUUGUGUGCCACGGGGUUAAAAAAAAAAAACAACAAAAAGAUGGAUUUUAAGGUUUUAUGAGCAUGUGUUUGUGUUUACUUCUUUUUCAUUUUAUUGCUGAAUUCUCAGAGUGGAAGUAUUGAAGUAUUGAUUGAUCAGUCAUAUUUAUUGUUGAUUUGUGCUCACUGGCGGAACAGCUGAAGCUUGUGAAUGACAAGUAUCAAUUGUUUGUUAUUUAUUUCUUUUUGGAAUUGUCGCCCGGGUCUCAAGUCUGUAUAUUUUUAUAUUAUUUUCCACAUUGAAAGAGUUAUUGGGAUAAAUUGCUGUAAAUAUGAUGCCGCGUGGCUUUAGAUUUAGCCGUGGACACUAUUGGAAUUGAUGCAAAGUACUCAACAACAGCCCAAUAUAGUGAUAUCUGAACACACACACACAUACAGUACAUACACACACACACAUGCACAAGGAUUGCAGCAUGCAUCCAGUCACAGCCACAAAUUGAAUAAUGUUUUCAGUUUGUUUCUUUGAUCCGUGUAUUUCUUAAUAUCUCUCUCAGUCAUCCAUAUCAUAGUGUGAUAUUCCUUAUUUUAAAAAUAAAAGUAUAUUAGUUUUUACAGAAAAGACUGAUUAUAACAAAGUCAAAUGACGCAGAAAAGUAUAUUUAACAAUGACAAUAUCAAGCAAAUUAAAAUGUUCCAGUUCAGUGAAGCGCUUGUUGUAAAUUAGCUAUGAAAUAAUAAAAUGAAUUUAAAAAUGCUUU